AUGGCUUCCCUCGACAAGCUCGCCAUCCGUGGCGUGCGCUCGUUUGACGACAAGUCGAUCAACAUUAUCCAAUUCUUCCAUCCGCUCACAGUAAUUGUAGGCUACAAUGGCAGUGGAAAGACUACGAUCAUCGAGUGCCUCAAGUAUGCAACCACGGGCGACCUACCACCCAAUACAAAGGGUGGUGCCUUUGUCCACGACCCACAGAUGGCCACCUCGAACGAAGUCAAGGCGCAGGUCAGACUCCGCUUCUAUGCUGCCAACAAGGUCCGCAUGAACUGCGUCCGUAAUCUACAAGUCUCGCGCAAAAAGGGAGGUGGUCUCACCAUGAAAACACUCGAAGGUCUGCUCCAGAUAGCCGAUGAUGAUGCAAAGACAGGCAAACGUGGCACCCUCUCCACUAAAUGCUCCGAAUUAGACGACGAGAUUCCCAGGCUGCUCGGCGUCUCCAGGUCCAUCCUAGAGAAUGUCAUCUUUUGCCAUCAGGAAGACAGCAACUGGCCCCUUUCCGAGCCAGCCAGCUUGAAGAAGAAGUUUGACGACAUUUUUGAAGCUACGCGCUACACCAAGGCGCUCGACAAUAUCAAGUCGCUGCGAAAGGAUCGCACCGUACAGCUCAAGGUCGACAAAGCAGCGCUUGAAGGCCUCAAGGUCGACAAGGACCGUGCAGAUACCAUCAAGGCAAAGCUCACCCAACUCCAAGCUGACCUUGCCCAAAAAGAAGCCAAGCUCGAAGAUCUCAACGACGAGAUCCGCGUAAAGACGAUACAGAAUUCCAAAUUUUACGACGAGGCAACUCGCUUCCGUGAAAUUGUCAGUCGUGCAGAGACACUCGAAGAGAAGGAGAGACUUCACAAGGAGAACAUGGAAGCGCUGCAAGCCACUAUGACGCCCAUCAAGGACACAGACGAAGAACUGCACAAGCGAAAGCAAGAGUUUCACUCAUAUUUGGACCAAAACCAAAAUAAGAUCCACUCGCUCAAAAGGCGACAGGCCGAGAAAGAGGAUGAGCUCGAAACUCACGAGCGGCGACAUCGCAACAAGUUGUCCGAAAAGGGAGGUCUCGAGGCAGAGAAACGCGCGCACCUUCACGCCAAGGAAAAGCGCGAAGCUUCCAUCAAACACAUUGGCAACGAGCUCGAUAUCAAGGGCUUUGGUGGAGACGGGCUUACCGAUACUCAGAUCCAAGCCUUUGAACAUCGCGUCAAGGACGAAGUGCGAAAACUCGACGACGAGCUCGCAAACCUACGUCAAGCCAACUCGGAGAAGGACGACGUUCUCACUACCGUGUGGCAAAAUCUGCGCGCUGAGCUCCGAGCCAAGCAGAAUGCUCGCGAGCAGCUGAUUGACUCCGUUCGUAAGCUUCGCGAAAAGAUCAAGAGGGCGCAAGACGAGCUUGACGGCAACGCCCUUAGCACCGCUGACAUUGAGGCUGCCGAACUCGAUCGAGAUGGCCUCUCUGCUAAAGCGACCGCCGCACAGAACGAGUUCGAAGAGGCCAAGUAUGACGAGCAAAUUCGCAAAAAGAAUGCAGAAAUCCGAGAGAAGGAUGAUCUUCGCGAAGAACGCACUUCCGAGAUCAACCUACUCAACCGCCAUGCUGAACUCCGCGCUUCUCUCGGUUUCAAGAAGGAACAGCAGACCGCACGCAGAGACAGCGCCCAGCAACUGUUCGAUCGCAACAAGGCUGCUUUGAUUGAGCUCGUUCGUUCGGAUUUGGAGCUGCCCGCCGUCGAGAACGAAGUAACACGAGCACUGUCAAAGCGCGAAAAGCGUCUCGAGGAGCUUGAGGCCGAUAAUGCCAACAGAAAUCGCGAAUUGCAGCAAAUCGAAUCGGCCAUCUCUUUCACCCGCAAACAGCUCAAGACAAAGCAAGACAUGGCAGCGGACCUGCAGAAGUCUGUUCAGGACAUCCUCUCACCGGAUUUUGAUGAUGCCGAAGAGGCCGUCAAGAUCUGCGCCGAAGAGAUUGCAGCCGCCAAGGACGAGUAUGCAUCUAUCGACUCGCUCGACUCGUUCCUGCGCCGUGUUUUGAGAGAAGCCAAAGGCAAAGGCCACUGCUUUGCAUGCAACAGAGGCGUUACCCCAGGCGAGUACGAGGCGAUCGAGAAGCACGUCGCGAAUACGCUUAGCUCGGGCAACACGGCCCAGAAAAAAAAGACGCUCAUGGCCGACAUAGACGGCUGGACCGAGCGCAACGCGGAAUGUCAGACUGCCCUUGCCAAGGAUGCGCAGCGAAAGGCCAUCCAAGAUGUCGAGAUCGUGGAACUUCAAAAGACCAUUCUAAGCAAGCAGGUCGAGCUCGAAUCCGCUGCCAAGGCGGCUGAAGCAUCUUCUGCUGAUCUGACCAAGAUGCGAGCCGAGGUCAAAGAUCUACAGGCUCUGCGACGUGUCGGUAGCGACAUUGCACGACUGCUAUCUGAAGCAAACGAUCUUGACGCCGAAGUGCAGAAAUUGCAGGUCAAUUUGGCAAGUACAGGCUCAACGCAGACGGCUGAGCAAGUGCAAGCCGAAAUCGACCAGCUUACUGCGUCCAUCAAGGCGCUGAAACGCGAGCUCAACGUCCUGCAGCAGGAUCGCGAGACCAAGCGUACAUUGAUCAACAGUCUGGAACGUGAUGCACACCGAGCCGAGGUGACCGUGAUCACAAAAAGGCAAGAGUAUGCAAAGAGGUCUUCAAUGGAAGAGCAGCUGCAAGAGAUGAAUGCUGAUCUCGAAGAUCAUCAGAAGCGCAUCAAGAGUCUCGAAGUCGAGAUCGAGGGCGCGAAUGGCCCGAUUCGUCGAGCCAAAGACGAGCUUGAAGCAUUCAAAGCAGCGGCAAGCGAAGCGGAGAAUACGUUGAGAGCGCGAGCUGACAGGCUCGAAGGAUGGGCAAAGCAGAUUCGCGAGCUCAACGCUGCAGUCAAUGCCUAUAUUCAUCAACGUGGUGACCAGCAUCUUGAAGAAUGCGAAGAGGCAAUUCAGGAGCUCGUUGGUCAAAUUCAGGCGAUCCAUCGCGAGGUAAAGGAGCUCACAGACAAGGUAGCAGAGUUGCAGAAGGAGGUCAAUCAAUCCCAAGCCACUGAGCGUAAUAUCGCCGACAAUAUUCGCUACCGUCAGCUCGCCAAAGACGUCGAGAAAAUUGAACAAGAGAUCAAUUCGUUGGACCUUGAACAGGCGCAACGCAGCAGAAAGCAUUUUGCCGACAAAUACACUGAAGCCAAGGAAGAGGAGAAUCGCCUCAAUGGCGAGGCUUCACACUUGAGCGGAGAACUGGCGUCGCUUCGAUCACAAAUCAAAGGUCGCGAGCUGGAGCUGCGGGACGAAUUUAGAGGCGUACAUCAGAACUAUAAGCGCAAGCUGAUCGAAGUCAAGACGUCCGAGAUGGCCAACAACGAUCUCGAAAAGUAUGCCAAGGCACUGGAAACCGCCAUCAUGCGCUACCACACGAUCAAGAUGGAGGAGAUCAACGACAUUAUUCGUUACCUGUGGCAAAAGACGUACCAAGGUACGGACAUCGACACGAUCCUCAUCAAGUCGGACAACGAAGGAGCGCGUGGCAAUCGCUCGUACAACUACCGAGUCUGCAUGGUCAAGGAUACGGUAGAAAUGGAUAUGCGAGGACGCUGUUCUGCUGGUCAGAAGGUGUUGGCGUCGAUCAUCAUCCGUCUUGCACUGGCAGAGUCAUUCGGCAGCAACUGCGGUAUUUUGGCGCUUGACGAGCCAACGACCAACCUGGACAAGGACAACAUCGAGGCUUUGGCGAGAAGUUUAGCCGAUUUAAUCAAGGAGAGGGCCGAGAACAGCCAGUUGCAACUGAUCGUCAUUACCCACGACGAGGAGUUUUUGACACUGCUAGGACAGAAUGAUGUGCUCGAGUAUUAUUGGAGGGUCAGCCGUGACGUGCACCAGAAAAGUGUUAUCGAGCGUGAGCGCAUUCGCAACACAUGA